CAGCUAUGCAAUUUGCUGUAGAGAUGGGCUUCAAAGAGGAGAGUCUUGCCACCAAUACCUCAAUCAAUGAAUGGAAGCAGUGGAAAGCAAACAACUGUCAACCUAAUUUUAGACAGAAUGUGCAACCAGACCCGACUAAAUCUUGUGGACCAUACCACCCAGACUAUGCAAGGUCACAUCCUGUUGAGCCACGCUACAACAGUGAGGUAGACAAGGGCAACCAUGACACCAUUGGAAUGCUUGUUAUAGAUAGAGAUGGCAACAUUGCAGGUGGUACUACAACUAACGGAGCUAACCAUAAGGUACCAGGUCGUGUUGGGGAUUCACCAAUUGUUGGCGCUGGUUGUUAUGUGGAUAAUGAUGUAGGUGGAGCAGUUGCCACGGGUGAUGGUGAUGUCAUGAUGAGAUUCCUUCCAAGCAGUAUCCGCAUCGCUGCAGUCAUGGAUGAUUGA